AUGCAUCUGUGUAGCCCGGACAGAUCAAAGGCCUUCUCCCGCAGACUGCCGGGGCUGUGUAAGAACACCUCUCUUCAUUUCUGGGGUUUUAAAUGUGAAAGCAAUCCUUUGAUGUUAACUUCUCUCCCCUGCCACCUCCGUUCACUACAGAGCGCUCUUCCGGCCCGGACACUUUGGGAGUCCCUCUUCCUCGAAUCCAGCUUCCUGGCUUGCAACAAUACCUGCAACGAGACAGCGUGCCAAAUGCUCACCAACAUGGUCAUAAUGGAGGCGUUCUCUUUGCGAAACAGGGCCUACGACCUCUACAUGAAAACGAAAAGCCCAGACCUUCCAGAACUGCAGUACGGCAGCACAGAAACAUUCUUUCCUCGGGUGUCUUUUCGGAAGAACUCUCAGAUCCGCUUGAAGGUUACGAAGUACGAUGCAAGAGGGAACUUCUUGGGCUGGGAAGAUGUGAGUGGGGGGAUGCUGCAGCUCUGUCCAGACAGCCAGAACGUGCUGCAAUCAGCCUUUGUGUUUGGAACUUCGUACAAGCGGUCGUGCUCCCUGGAAGUCUUAUCCCCGCUGCAAAGAGAUCCUGAGCCCACCUUUUACGAGUUGUUCUUGCAGUACGAAGAUGCCAACGGGAAUGUCAGGUGGUGGCCAGUUCCUGUAGAGAACCCUGCAAUAAGCAAAAGCACUCCAGGAGCACUAAACUCUUGGGCAUUUCGAAGGUUCUUUCUGGUGGAUGGGCUGUCUGGCAGAAAGCAGAACUUGACUGAUCCCCCCAAAACUGUGACUCUUGUGACAGAAUUGCUACUCAGCGUCUACCUGCCAACUGGUAGCCCGAGAAGCCACCCCCCUUUCCUUCUGACGGUGAAAUAUGCGGAGCAAGGCAGCCCUGGAAUUGCACAGGCAUCGUUUUCCGUCGCUUAUAAUCAAGAUCCCGGAACGGCUCAGCGAGAUACAGACAUUGCGUUUGGAGUCCUUGGAUCUCUCGCUGUUUUGUAUGCUUUGCUGAAAGCGAGCACUUGGGCCCGGCGCUCACGGCUUCAGAACAUAAAUCUUAUGAUCGUAGUAAAAUUCUUUGCCUACCUGGCUGGUUCCCUAGCAAAUGUCUUUUUCCUGAUCACGGUGGGGAUUGGCAUUUACUGGCUUAUAGUUUUCAAGGGCCAACAGUUUUCUGCCAUUGAGGUGACGCUGCCUCCUGCUGGUGGGCCAACGGAAACACGCUUUAUUAUAUACCUGCUGUGUGCCUUGGCAUUGAAGGCCUUGGACGUUGUCCAUCUGCUGAUCACCCAGUUAACGGUCUCCGUCUUCCUCAUAGACUGGGAGAAGCCAAAGGAGAAAGGGGCGCAGAGAACAUAUACAGGAGGAGAUCUGAAUGCUGCUCCUUCGGUGAGCGCCUGGAGAACUUUCCUGAUAGCUAACGAGUGGAAUGAGCUGCAGACCCACCGGAAAGUCCACCCUCCGCUUCAGCUGUUCGCCACCUUGCUGCUCCUGGAGGUGGUGGGACUGAAGAACCUCGCCUCGAGAGACCUGAAUGUGAAUCUCCAACCAGGCUCAGGUGUCCAUCUGGCUGCGUGGAGCCCCAUCCUCCGCUUUGGGAUCGCCGCUUCCAUUUGGCUGGCUGUGGGGAUCGCGCAGGUGGUGAUUUCUGUUGCACUCUAUGAGCGGUUUGUGGAGGACAAGAUCCAGCAGUUCACCGAUCUUUGUUCCUUGAGCAACGUGUCUGUGUUCAUCUUGAUGCACAGAUGCUACGGUUUCUACAUCCACGGAAGAAGUGUCCACGGCCAUGCAGACGUGAGCAUGGACACCAUGCACACUUACCUCCGGAGGGAAGAGGAGAACCUUUGCCCCCUCCGAGGCCUGGAGGCCAAUUCAGACAUCCAGAUGUUUGAAGUGCUUCUCACCGACAGAACCCGAACUCUCUACGACAGGAUAAAUCAGCCUUUAGUGGAGGCUCCAAGAGGGACAGGCAUCCGGUCCAACGUUCGAGACCAGAAACUAAGAAGCUACCAUGCCUUGAACCGCUUCCUGGCCUCCUUUCUGGAGCACAGGUACACAGAUAUGGAUUAUGUGGUGAAAGACAAGUUUUUUCUGGAACGGAUCCUGGAUGUUGAGUUCCAAGAACCGGGAGACGUGUCUGUGCUGUACAAUGAUGAGAGUGCUUUGUUUGGUAGGGUCUUUUUCUACAACCACGAGCUCACGCUGCUCUUCUUUGAAGCCCUUGUUUUCUGUGCGGUGGAUCUGGGAGUGCAGGAUUUUGUACUGGCAACUAUUGUCACCUUUGUUGUGCAGAAGCUGGUACAAAUUUUACGCGAGGCUCUGGGAAAGAGAAACCUGGCUGAGAAGACCCUGGUGGAAAAUCAGUUCUUGAUCUAGAGCCAAAAGGCAUGCAGGUGCAUUGGAGCUGAACUGUGUCGCUGGAGAUG